AUGGCUUCUUUUAAAGGCAUUCCAAUGACAGUUGGCUUUAAAACAGUCAAAACUAAACCAAAGGAUACAGUGAUAAAUACGGUGGCUCACAAGAUGCGUACAGUACUUUUACGCUCAGGUCCUUAUCAAACAAGGAAGGGAUACGCAAGAUGUCAUACGGAGCACAGUAACAAGCUACGCAUGCGGACAGUACCUUUACGCUUAGGUCCCUGGUUAAACAAGGAAGUGAAUACGCAAGAUGUCAUACGGACCACAGUAACACUGUCCCUGUCAAAUAAGGAAGGGAAAAUGCAAGAUGUCAUACGGAGCGCAGUAAGGAGGCCUCUGUCAAACAAGGAAGGGGAAUACGCAAGAUGUCAUACGGAGCACAGUAACAAGAAAAGGAAAAUGUCAGCGUCAGUUGAAAGCAGUCGAAAACGCCGAGCUAGCUCCAAAGAUACCUGUAACAGUCACAGUGUUGAUGAUCAAGCGGAUUCUAUUGGUAUCUUUAUGAGGGUUGAUAUGGAAGUUGACAAUUUCAAAGAACAAUACAACAAGGAAUCGCUGACAGAAGUUAUGGCUGGUAUUAAAAAUGUUUGCCAACAGUUAACGAAAGAUGAAUGGAAAUAUAGGCCCAUUAAUGAAAUUAUUUAA